AUGUUGAAGAUCCUCUUAGUCAAAUUGCAUUUAAAUGAGGACACUAAGGACAGUUCUCAUACCGAAAACAGUGAGAGUUUGAAAUCACAAAGAACUUGAAUGGGUUUGUUGAGUUAAAAUAAUGUUGUGAGUUAUGUUAUAACUGUAAUAUAUAUAUUUUAAACACCUGAUAUUCUCUACCACUGAAGUACCCUGUUUAUAUACUUUAAUGUCAAAUGAAAUCAAUUAGGUUAGGAAUACUCUAUAUCAUGUCUUCAUUUUGGCACUGUCUUAACAUUGUUCCGCUGAUUAAAACAAACGUGUCAUCAUUGUAAAUAAACUGCACAAUAUAAAUAUAAUAAGUCUGUAUUAUCCAUUUAUUUAUGAAAGCGCAAUAAUUAAUCCCUCAAAUGUGUACUUUCACUGGGGUAUUAGUGAGGUGUAUUAUCUCUCUGUUGUGGUAAAACAUUUGAUCCAGUAUCAGUACAAACACCCCUACACUCUGCUCUGCUUGGUGUGUAAACACUGACCUAUUUAGAAUAACUAUUGAGAUGCUUGAUAAUGAUCAGAUUCAUGUUGACUUGAUCAUAAAAUAGAAAAACAAUAAAAGAUGUGGAAAAUCAGAAUUCGGCUGUUUACACAGACAGCCCAAUUCUGAUAUUUUUCCCACUAAUUGGUCUUUUGACCAAUCACAUCAAAAAAAUCUCUGUAAACGCAGCCUCUAAAACAUCUGUAGCCUACUGUCAUUGUUAGGCCUACUACAUUAGGUUUCAGUUAGACCUACUGAUUAGUCUACCACACCAACAGGCCAAUCCGCACAGCACCAGACAAUUGUUAUCAGGUGUGGUUCAUCUAGACCCCACAGGUGCAUAUAAGCGUGCUUCAUAGGCUACAUGCUUUUAUAAACGUAACCACGGUUUGGCAUCUUAACACCAUCUAGAAGUAGCCGACCAUGCUUUCAGCUUGUUUGCAAAUUCUGGGCAUUUUACUCGGCAUGAUCGGAUGGUUUGGAGACAUUAACAUGUGCGCGCUUUCCAUGGAGAAAGUGACCGCGUUCAUUGGCAACAACAUUGUCACAGCACAGAUAAUGGAUAUGUGGCCCUGGUGGUCAUCUGGUCGCACUUAUAGCCAUCCUGCUGUCUAUCAUUGGGGGAAAAUGCACCAACUGCAUCGAGGACAAGAUGUCCACAGUCGCCAAACCAUCGGGAGGAUUUUCAUAGGCUGGGGGUACGCGGGACUCAUGCUUCUGGGUAGAGGGAUUUUCUGUAGCCAGUGUUCACCAAGCCAGGAUCGGGGACACUCCUCCAAAUACAACAUGGCAAGAUCUGUAAAAUCCUAUUCGGCAAGAGCAGCCUAUGUGUGAGCACAUGGCAAUAUUUGCUUUGAACAUUGACUAGCCUAACAAUGUUGCUUUGGGGCUUUUGAACUGACUUUUUUGUUUUAACUCCAAUAAUUUAAACACAUUUUCCAAUAAAGUUUUUAAAAUUCUACAAAUAUAUUUUAUUCCACAUUUUUAAUGAGUGAUUCCUUGCACAUUGCUGUCACAUUUUCAGCUGAAGCAAUAGUAUUGGGUGUGGAGUGGUUGGACUGUUGUACGAAAAAGGGCCUGUGUAGGAUGGGCUACUCCAUAGUCUGGACAUUUACUUUGAGGCAGUGUGGUAAUACUGUCCACAAAGUAGAUUAAACCAAAUGCCAAUAACUAUUUAAAUCUCCUCCAGGGUCCACUUAAUCAUUUAAUCCAUCUCACACAUGCUCCCUCCCUCCUUUACCCCUCCUUGUUAGGCUUGUCAAAGCCUGACAUAGAUAUUUCUAAAUACUGUAGUGGUUUGGUAGUCUUAUACGAGGCUGGUGGUUUGGGGUCUCCAUGUUUGAACCAUUUCCCCAACACAAUGUGUUCAAUGUAUCUUAAGCAUAAUCUAAAUGGCUCUUGUGGUUAGGUGAGGGUUUUUGGGAUGAAUAUAUGUUCCGAUGUGGUUAGGAAGUGUCACCAUUACCCUUUUCCCUAAGUUGCAAGUUGUUGACAGUUUAUUGUAACCUGCAGAUGAUGAAAUGCAAAAUGAUCAGACCACAGUGAGUCACUUGUGGAAACAAAUGACACAUUGACUAACUGGUAGUGGAAUGUCACUUUCAUAACAUGUCAUAUACAUACAUCUUUGAAAUAUAGUAUUUUCCAAUGUUGAUACACACGGUGUCGGUAAAACCAACUUUCUUAUUUGUAAAAUAAAUUGGCCUGCAUAUGUGUAUUUACAUUUUCAAAGUCACAAUGAAGGUCUGGAAUUUAGCAUUUUGGUAGAUGGGUCAUGCCUUCAUGGAAGUGCGAGUUUCAGUGUAGAUGGUAUCAGGUUGGAGGACGUGCAAUCCCAAUGAUUAUCACCACUCCUUCAGCUCUGUCUGUGUGUCACAAGUGUGACAGCAGUGUGACAGCCUGAGGAAACUGGUCUGUCAGGAACAACUCACCUGGUGGCAGGAAACCCCUCCUCCUGCACAUUCUUCCUCCUCAGCAGGCUCCAGUUGUUUCUGAUCGUCAAUCAGACAUACCACAUAGCUCCAGAGAUCUAGAACUAGGCAGCCAGACUUCUCUUUUUCCCACUCAAGACACAGCCUCUCGUCAUGGGGAGGAUCGGCAAGGAGGUGUCGGGCCAGGUGCUCAGCUUCCUCGGCUUCGUGGGGGUGGCAGUGACCACGGGUAUCCCCAUGUGGAGGGUGACCACUUACAUCGGUGCCAACAUCGUAACAGGGCAGAUCGUGUGGGACGGUCUGUGGAUGAACUGCGUGAUGCAGAGCACGGGACAGAUGCAGUGUAAGAUAAACGACUCAGUGAUGAGGCUAGCAACAGACCUUCAGGCAGCAAGGGCCAUGGUCAUCAUCUCCAUCAUCUUCAGCUUUGUUGGCCUGAUUGUCACCUUCAUCGGGGGCCAGUGCACCAGCUGCCUGAAGUCUGAUUCCUCCAAGAGUAAAGUGACGAUCCUUGGAGGCAUCCUGCUGCUCAUUAGUGGUCUUCUGGUCCUCAUCCCUGUCUGCUGGUCGGCGGCGUUCACCAUCUCAGACUUUAAUAACCCUCUGACCAUCGAGACCCAGAGGAGGGAACUCGGAGCCUCCAUCUACAUCGGCUGGGGCUCCACAGCUCUGCUCCUCAUCGGGGGUAUCACCCUCUGCACCUCCUGCCCACCCCAGAAGAUGUAUGGGUACCCAGGCUAUCCUCAAGGAGCGCCCAUGUACCCCUAUCCAGGCCAACCAAUGGUCCAGGCAGGGCCCUAUGGGAGAGUUUACACCCCAACCAGCAGACCCUACUCAGGGACAGGGUCGUAUGUACCAAACAAGCCGUAUGCAGCACCAAUAGCAUACACUGCACCUGGACGGCCUGGACAGUAUCUGUAACAAAGUGAAAUGGAAAGAGGGAAGGUCUCCCUGAAUAUUGACUGGUAUUCUCGAACUUGAUGUUUUCAAGCUUUUGUUUUGCUUAGCUUUGCACCACCAAAAUGUACUUAUAUCAUGUACUUUUGUCCACAUUGAUAUGUAGAUAUUGUUAUUGAUGAGAAUAACAUGCAAUUUUUAGACAUGAAAAUGAUUCAGUGUGAAUUAAAUUCAUUAUGUUUACAAGUGUUUGCACCUUCACACAAGAGGAAGAAUCUGUUCUUUCAAAUGUUGACAUAAAUGUAAAUCUUUAUGUCUUGACUACUAUACUAGUAUGCAAACAUUACAAGAAAUUGUUUGAUAAUGAGAAUGGAUGUAGCUUAAAUGGGCUCCCGAGUGGCGCAGCGUUCUAAGGCACUGCAUCUCAGUCCUUGAGGCGUCACCACAGAUCCCCCUGGUUCGAUUCCAGGCUGUAUCACAACCGGCCGUGAUUGGGAGUCCCAUAGGGCGGCGCACAAUUGGCCCAGCGUUGUCCGGGUUUGGCUGGUGUAGGCCGUCAUUGUAAAUAAAAAUUUGUUCUUAACUGACUUGCCUGGUUAAAUAAAAAAUAAAUGUUAAUUUUAGCAGCAACCUGUGUUCUUCUCCCAUUGUGCAACCGAUCCUGUUGUCUUGUAAAUAGCUGGCUGACCUAUGACUUGUGAUGUAUCUGUACACAAAAAAACAACACAUUUUUCUGUAAAUAUUUUGUGCCUAUUUUUUACAAAAAAGAAAUACACAUUUUAUGAUAUAGAAUAAUUUGUGGUCUUAAUGUGUCUUUGUGGAAAAGUUGGGAAACAACAACUGCAAUUUCAAAUGUUCAUGAACUGUGAGCAAUAAUCAUACCAAUAAUUAAAGCCUAUGCAUUUUCUAACUUUCUAUUCAUGUUUUAAAAGUUGUAUUUUUAAUUAAACUCUGCCUUAAAUCAUUAAUCUAAACGUCUAAGCCGUUGGGGGGCAGGGGGUACUAAGCUAACAUAUGGAAUUGUUUUAAGAUGGUCAUACCAUGGAUCAUUUAGCUAUUUCAUUUGGAAUUUUAGGACCCCUUCAGGUAUAAAAAUAAUAAUAUUUAUAAAUUAUUUGGAAAAAGAUUGAAUUUGGCCAUUACUACUGUAGCUCAUAGCAGCGCAUUGAAUAACACAUUCUAAAAUGGCAAAAUACAUGUAAAAAUAAAUCAUAAGGAAUAAGGUUUUGAAGUGUCUGUGCUAUAUCUAGGAGAUAUAAGAAAGAUCAGGAUAUAUAUACAUAUCUUUUUUUGUUUACACAAAACUACCUCCAUACUUCCAUUCAUUGUUAUGGGUUACCUUCAGUUGUGGGUCUAAUCCUGAAUGCUGAUUGGUUAAAACCACAUUCCAGCCGGUGUCUAUUCCACAAGUUGCCACCGGCUAAAUCUAUGACGUUAAAAUGCCUUUUACUCUGUUCCAUCUGACUGCGCAGUCCACUGUCUCAUCAGCCCAUCCAGGCAACUUAUAAACUUGAUUUCCACUAUAAAAAGCAUCUAGACAUUAUCUCACAUUUCUUUUAGACUAACAUUUAGUUUUCAACAACAGAGAUUUGUAUAAACCUUGCUGUCUGUCUCUCAGACAUUUGCAACGUUGUUUCAAUAUUGAAAUUCGAUCUCCUGCUGUCCCAUAGUAUUGAACGUGUCGGGAGUAGGGACGAGACAGACAUACAGGCAGGCAGCGUUUCUCAGCCAGUCGAAAACAUGAAUCAGCUGGCAUAAUUUUUAUGGAUAUAUACAAAAACGAAACACAGCUAAUUUGCGGAAGGCCGACAUAGGCGGAUGUGGCAGAUUGAGACACAGCCCAUGCAAAAAAAGAUAUCUCUAGCUUAAACUGACGGAUUUUGAUGGGGUGUGUCAAUAGACUCUUAAGGAUUUUAAGGGAUCAAUAUCUUUCAGUUACAUGAUGACGUUGUAUCUGUAAAUCUCAUUUUAUUUAGGAGAUAGCAUGGUUACUCAAACGCUACCUCAUAUCUCCUCUCUCCAAAUAUUCAAACAUCCCACUGGGCACACACUGGUUGAAUCUACGUCGUUUCCACGUCAUUUCACUAAAAUUACGUUCAUGAACCAACGUGGAAUAGACGUUGAAUUGAAGUCUGUGCUCAGUUGGGUAGUUUUCAGGGUCUAAACUGUAACUCAAAUAGGUUGUUAAAUUAGAUUACCAACAACUUUCUUUAAAAUCAAGGUCUCUUAGAUCUGUACUGAGCUUAAAGGCAAUGUUCUGUAAUGUGUUUAUUUCAUGUAUUGGUUUAUUAAAUGAAAGAAAUGGGUUCAGGAUCAAACCAAGAAAACAGAGACUGAAUAUAGGCCUAAAAUUACUUCUGGCUAUGACAAAUCUUGAUUACAGGAAACAAUAGUUGCAAUAAACAAUGUCAUCAUGAAAACGGGGAACAAAAUGAGUAGCUUCGAACUUCCGGCCAAGACUAAUGAGAAUUCAGGUGGCAUUGUUGACGGCUUAUCUCUCUACCCUGAAACCUGUGGGCAGACAGGCUUAACCACCCAGCCAACCGGCAUUCACUACAGAGGCGUUGUGUGAAUGGACCAAUUACUAUCUCUUCUUCAUAGGUCUUGUUUUUGUUAGCAUGUCUUCGAUACCGGUCGUCAUCCACACAUACCGACAGGGGAGGUGAAAGAAUCUGGUCCGGCUUGAAAAUUACCUUGUCAGCUGGUUUCAGGUCAGGGGGAAGGCAGUUAACUCCACCCUUUCAGGAGCAGAGAGAUCCAUAUAACGUCAGGGGACGUGACUUAAUCAUUCGUUAACAACGAUUACAACCAAGUUGAGCUGACCUGCAUUUACUCUCCUCUACAACCUCUGCCUGAGCUUCAUUGAUUUUACAACAAAAGACAAGAAGGCUUCAAAAUGGUGUCGAUGGGAAGACAGAUGCUGGGCUUCGCCCUGGCUAUCAUCGGGUUCCUGGGGACCAUCAUUGUGUGUGCCCUGCCUAUGUGGAAAGUCACAGCCUUCAUCGGAGCCAACAUUGUGACUGCUCAGGUCAUCUGGGAGGGCCUGUGGAUGAACUGUGUGACCCAGAGCACGGGACAGAUGCAGUGCAAGAUCUACGACUCCCUCCUGGCCUUACCCCAGGACCUGCAGGCCGCCAGAGCUCUGAGCGUCAUCGCUAUCAUCGCGUCAUGCUUCGGCAUCCUCCUGGGAAUUGCUGGAGGAAAGUGCACCAACUUUGUGGAGGAUGAGGCUUCCAAAGCCAAAGUAGCCAUUGCUAGCGGGAUCAUCUUCAUCGUGGCUGGUGUCCUCAUCCUCGUCCCUGUCUGCUGGUCCGCUAACACCAUCAUCAGGGAUUUUUACAACCCUCUGCUGGUCGAGGCCCAGAGGAGAGAGCUGGGGGCCUCACUGUACAUCGGCUGGGGCACCGCAGGGCUCCUGAUCCUGGGAGGGGGGCUCCUCUGCAGCUCCUGCCCACCCAAGGAGGAGCGUGACGAUUACCCAGUGAAGUACUCACAGGCAAGGUCCACAGCUACCAGCAGAGCUUACGUUUGA